CGUGACGCACGCAACCCGGAAGACGUGUGUUUGCUGUCAGUGCAAGCGAAGGAGAGAAGGCACGACUUCGAGCUGAAAGCCCGCAUUGAACUCAAGAUGAGCGGGUUGCCUCGCAGGAUCACCAAGGAAACCCAGCGCUUGUUUCAAGAGCCGGUUCCAGGCAUCCGGGCAACGCCCGACGAAGCCAACGCUCGCUACUUUCACGUGGUCAUCGCCGGGCCUGCGGACUCGCCGUUUGAGGGAGGCACAUUUAAACUCGAGCUCUUUUUACCAGAGGAAUAUCCCAUGGCAGCUCCUAAAGUACGCUUCAUGACCAAAAUAUACCAUCCCAACGUGGACAAGCUGGGGAGAAUAUGCCUAGACAUUUUGAAAGAUAAAUGGUCACCAGCUCUGCAGAUCCGUACCGUGCUGCUAUCGAUCCAGGCUUUACUAAGUGCUCCCAACCCUGACGACCCCCUCGCAAAUGAUGUCGCAGAGCAGUGGAAAAACGACGAAUCUGAGGCUAUAAAAACAGCUAAGAAGUGGACUGCGCGCUAUGCUAAGGAAAAAUGAAGCAGCUCAAUGAGUGGAAACACAAGUGGAUGUCAAGUGUGUGAACACAACUCACGUGCUGCCAAGACCUUCUUCUUCCUGCUUCAUUUGCAUUUAAAGGGCACAGUCUUUACCUUUUAUUAUAUAUGUAUAUAUACAUGUAUCUAUCUCUUUAGAUAUAUUUAUAUGUAUAACAUGCUGACAUUUGGUGAUUUAAAUGCACUCGAGUAAUGAAACAACUUGUCUUUGGCCUAACUCACUAUUCCUGAAAUGCAUAAGCUGAGGUUUUAGGUUUACUCGCCUGGCUUUCUUUAUCCCAUGGAGGGAGAGGUGUGGCCGUGUCUCACGUUGUUAAAGGGAAACAAUUUUAGUGAGUAUCAGCGUUGCCAGGUGGAAAAAGUGUAGCGUUGACGUACCAGAGGCUCCAAAUCAUUCCCUUGCACUUGAGAGACCAACGCCGCUCGUAUCUCACACUCGACAGCUCGAUGGGCUCGUUUAGGAACCGAUGGCUUCAGGCUUCACGGGCGGACCGACGGCCGGAGUACAACCACUCAUAAAAUGGUCACAUUAUCACACACUGGCCGUUUUUUUUUUUUUUUUUUUUUUUCUUCUCCCAAUUUUAAAGAUGAUUGAGUGUACAUUACGCAAAGUGACAUUAUUGUACACCUGGCAACGCUGAUGAUGAGACACCGGUCAGAAGUGGUCAAUAUGAAAUACAUUCUCUUUUAACUUUUUUCCUGUCACUUUUUUUUUAUUAUUAAAAGCAUCUUACUACUAUGAGCCCAACAUUUAUAGAUACUCAUCGUGUCUUUUUGUUGUUGUUUUUUUUUUUUAAUUGGAUUGCCCAGCAGGGUGCAUAAACAGUUAUCUCCCUGCUUCUGUUUCUCUCACAGCAGGAGUUGGAAAACACAGCCAGACCGAGCCUUGCAUCACUUUGAACUAUUUAACCAGCGUGCACUCUGUGGGCUUGUGGAUCGAGGUGUGGACAUUGUGGUGUUUUAUAGUUUUAUCAUGGAUGCAUUCCUUGCCAUGUCCAUGUCUUUUUUUUUUUUUUUUUAAUGUGAAUCUGCUUCCCUCUCUUAAUGUCGUUGCAGUCUUGUUCUGCCAGACUCACUGGUUUGACAACUCAAAGAGGGAUUCAGUCACAGAGCUGUCAGUCGUUUAAUGAUGUUGCUGGAAACUGGCGGGGCGGGGCGGUGGGGGGGGUCACUGAAAGAGUCAGUCAAACUACAAAAGAUGUUGAAAAUGAGAGCUUCAACUCUUGACUUGUGAUCGGUUCUUCAUCUAAAAUGUCUGUUCUCACUUUGAAUUGCUUUUCAGUUUGAAGAGGAAAUGUUUUCUUGCUCUUAGAAUGCUAUGAACAGUCCACUUACGUGCUCUUAUGUUAUGUAAAUAAACUCUGUUGAUUAAUAAACGUGUGUGUGUGUGUGUGUGUGUGUGUGUGUGCGUGGGCGCGCGGGCGCCUCCAGAGGUGAAAGCCAAAUGCAGAAAAGUUGCUUUUUCACUUGAAAGUUGUGUAAACGGGGUCUGAAAGCCAAGCCGAAGUGUCAACAGUCAGUUCUUUUAUCAGAUUUGUGAAAUCAAGCAUAAACACUGUUUUUAUUUUGGAAUGCAACAAAACUCAGACACAAAAAUAUAAACAUGAAUUUUGAACCUUU